AUGAAAUGUGAUCGCGGUUCGUCCCUACUAUGUCUCGAUUGGCGUGAGAUAUGUGAUGGCAAAAUCGACUGUCUCGAUGGAGGUGAACACGAAAAAUAUUGUCUUGAGCUUUAUAUGAAUCAAUGUGGUGAUAAUGAAUAUCAAUGUCGCAAUGGAAUGUGUAUCAAUGAGAAAUUUUUGAUAGAAGCCAAUAUUAAUGGUAUAGGUGGUCAAGAGUGUUUGGAUCGAUCAGAUGAGCGAAAUUACAAAUAUUCAGGUUCCUUAUGUAUGUCUUCUUCAAUGUUUUGGUGUACAGAGAAUACUUGUCGACUUCCUCAUCAAUUCGCCUGUGGUGAUGGUCAAUGCGUACCCUGGCCUCUACUUAGAAAUACAAAUUACUGUUUUAAUAACCGAGAUAAAAUGUUUAAUUACAAGUUUGACUGGAACAGUCAAGAGUCUAGAACAUUUCCUGUUUGUUUUAAGAUUGCAGUUUGUGCAUCAAACAUCUUAUUAAACAAUGAAUUUGCUGUUUAUUGUAAGACAUUAUGUGGGAAUAUCGAAGAAUGUAAAAGUAAUCUUCAAUAUUGUCCAUCUUAUUUCUUUGCACCUAAUUUUCCUAUAUGGGAUGGACAUGUAAGAUUAGGCUACUUUUCCAAUCAAACUAUCGUCAUGGAUAUUUUUCUAAUACCACAUUUUGUCUGUUUUGAUAAAUAUAAAUGUCCAUUUCUUAUACCAACAUUCGAAAUCGAUAAUUACACGUGUCUACAUAGUCAUAACCUAAAUUUUUCAUCUAACGCAGAUUUUUACAUGAUAUUUCUUGGAUGCACUCGUAUGUAUGAAAGUGUCAACGAUAUCCCUUGUCGUCUUCAAUCAUCUAUGUUACAUUGUCCUGCUUCGAACAAAUGUAUUCCAAAUCGUUACGUCAUGGACACAAUUCCUGAUUGUUAUGGUGCUUUUGACGAGUCACUUUCAGUUAAUUCAUGUUCAUUGAACGAUAAGUAUCGUUUUCAUUGCACAUCUGAAAAGAAAUGUCUUUUAACAACCGCAGUAAAUAACGGUAUACGACAAUGCAGUGGUGGAGAAGAUGAAUUGGGUAUGAAUGGACUAGUGAUAAAUAUUCAGACACUUGCUUUUUCUGCUAUAUGCGACGGUAGAAGAGAAGUAUUUGCUUCAACAAACGAAACCGACGAGACUCACUGUGAGGAAUGGUCAUGUGUAAAUCAAUAUACACAGUGUGAUGGAUUAUGGCAAUGUCCGAAAGGAAUUGACGAAAUCAAUUGUCUGUCGAAAAUUAAUUGUCCUACUGAUCAUCAUCCGUGUGUAUUUCCAAGCAAUCAAACAAUUGGUUGUUUGCAUCUAAAUCGCAUUGACGAUGGCAUUGUGGAUUGUCUUGGAGCAACAGAUGAGAGGACACACUGUCGCCUAUCAUAUCCAACUGAUGGUUUGAGACGUUAUCGAUGUUGGAACGAUACUUUAUGUGUGUUUUAUGGGUUCCGUUGCCAUGAGUGCAAUAAAGUCGAUGGCAUAGAUGAACUAUGUCAAGCAGAUAAUGAUAAAAAUUCAGAUAUUCUUAAGUACUUCGACGACAUGUUGGAAGUUUAUCAUGCCAGAAAAUUACCAUUUUCUCCUCAGUCAUCUGAUCCAUUCCCUAGAAAACAAUCGCUGCCAUCGACUAAAAAUAUCAUAGAAUAUCAGAAGAGAGAAAUAGAAGAAUCGACGAACACUCAGCAGUUAGACAUGCGGCAAGUCUGGUUAUGUCAUCAAGGUACAUUAAUUUAUGUCGGUGAAAAUGAAAGCGAGCAAUGUUUGUGUCCGCCCAAUUAUUAUGGUGAUCGUUGUCAAUAUCAAAAUCAACGUGUUAGUCUUACUCUUCGAAUACAAAAUGAAAAUUUGGGAAAAUUUAUUGUCAUUGGUAUUAUUGCCAGUUUAGUUGAUAAUACUGGUCUCAUUCAUUCAUAUGAGCAAUUCACUUAUGUUCCUGUUCGUGAUUGCAAUACUAAAUUUGAUAUUUAUCUACUCUAUCGAGACCGACCAAAAGAUAUGACGAAGAACUACACAAUUAAUAUUGAAGCUUAUGAUAAACUCAGUUUUCGUUAUCUUAGCACUUGGACAUUUCCAGUAAAAUUUAAUUUUAUGCCUGUAAAUCGUGAAAGUGCUAUAUUAACAAUUCCAGCAUCGCAAAACUGUCACAAAACAUGUAACUCAAAGUAUCGCGAGCAAUUUAAAAGUAAUAAAAUCGAAUCUUGCCGAUGCAAAUCGAAUCACUCUGAAAUAGUUUAUAUUAAUCAAGAUCAAUGUAACUGCUCACCAGAUUCCAUUUGCGUCGGUAUUGCAAAUAACAGAUCGAUUUGUCUUUGUCCUUUAACGAAGAUAUCACCUCGAUGUCUUCUUAACUCAAUCUGUCAAACAGAUGUCUGUUCGAAUCGAGGUGUUUGCGUACCAGACGACGAUCGAAUUUCUUUGACAAAUUUUACAUGUAUCUGUCAAGAUGGAUUCUCUGGGCCAAGAUGUGAAGAAAAAGAUGUCGAAAUUGAUAUUUCAUUUUCUGAUGUGCCUAUUCCUCAAUCGCUUCUUGUUCAUUUUAUUACAGCGCAAGACUAUAGUGUUAAAAGUGAGAAUCCAAUACCAACGAGAGCGACCAUGUUCAAAAAAAUUGGAUUUGAUCAAGAUGCGGUCACUUUUUAUAUGUCAUUGCCAUUUCAUCUAGUCUUCGCUCAGAUUGAAAUUAAAUUUUAUCUUAUUGUUCUUCAACACGAACAUACACCUUCAAUUAACAUUUCCACUGAAAUAACUCGAUCUCGACAUUGUCCAUAUAUUCGAGAACUGUUCGAUCAACAAACUAUCGAUUAUCAAAUUCUUCGUCGAGUUAAAUUCUAUCAUCUUCCAUGUAAGACAAAUCUGAAUCUAAUUUGUUUUCAUGACAAUGAAACAUUCAUCUGUCUUUGUACAAAAGAAAGAAAUGCUAAUUGUUUUCAUUUCGAUUUCAAUAUGACUUACAAUUGUAUGGGUUGGAACGAUUGUCAAAAUGGAGGACAAUGCUUUCAAGAUCAUCCAACAUGCCCAACAAAAACCAUGUGUAUCUGCCAAGCGUGCUUUUAUGGUACAAAAUGUCAGUUCAGUACGAAACAGUUUGGCCUUUCGCUCGAUGUUAUUUUGGGCUAUAAAAUCCUUCCUCAUAUACGCAUUACUCAACAAUCUUUAUAUGUUAUAGGUAGUAUUGUCCUGGCUACCAUAAUGCUUGUUGUUGGCCUAAUUUCUGGAAUUCUAUGUAUUUGGACCUUUCAAUCGAAGUCAUGCCUGAGAGUGGGUAGUGGUUUAUAUUUACUUGCAUCAUCAAUCACUUCUAUUUUGAUUCUUAUUACUUUAAAUCUAAAAUUAUGGUUUCUUGUUUUCUCUCAAAUGUCUACUAUUACUUCGCUAUCUUUUCUCUCAUUCAGUUGCAUUUCAAUUGAAUUCAUUCUUCGAUCAUUAUUAGCCAUCACGGAUUGGUUCCAUGCCAGUGUCGCUGUCGAACGACUUUUUACUGUCAUUCUCGGUGUUAAUUUUAACCUAACGAAAAGCAAAAAUAUUGGAAAAUGGAAUAUUUCUUUUAUUUGUCUAAUUACAAUGAUUUCUCUUCUACAUGAACCUAUAUAUCGUCGUCUAAUCGAUGAUGAAGAAGAAAAACGAACUUGGUGUCUAGUUCGUUUUACACCAAAGGUCGAAAGCUACAAUUCAUUUAUUAAUAUUUUUCAUUUCGUUAUUCCUUUUUCAAUUAAAUUCAUAUCAAUAAUUGCUAUGAUCAUUUUUUUGUCAAGAAGACGUGCAUCUGUAAAAAAACAAGAUACGUACAUGGAACAUUUUAGAAAACAAUUACAUACUCACAAAUAUCUUAUUCUUAGUUCUCUUCUCUCACUUAUCUUAGCUUUGCCUCGUUUAGUCAUAGCCUUCAUAUUUGGAUGCAUGACAUCAGCAAGAGAACCUUUAAUACCCUUGACUGGUUAUUUUGUUUCGUUCAUACCGUCACUACUUACAUUUUUUAUUUUUGUAUUAACAUCGACAGCAUAUAAAAAGCAAUUCAACACAGUUGUCACACGAAAAUGGGAAGUAAUGCGACGUUGGUUUCAACGACAAUGA